AUGGCUUCUGAAGACCAGGCUUUUGCUUUCAAUCUUCUGGCGUGCCUUUUGGUGCAAAACGCAUGUGCUUUUCAAAGGAGAAUUGUGGACCCAGUGGGUUUAGCUCCAGUGUGUUUGCUUGCCCUGGCCAGGGUUCGCUAUGACAUCAGAGAUUCCAAACGCCAAGAACUGGCUACCAACUUGUUGAGCGCGCCUGCCCACAGCCUGGACAUCAACAGCCUGAAAAUCAUCAAGGCUUUCAAAGAGGACCUCACCCUUGCAAAGGACACUGGCCGACUUGGAUUGAGAUUGUUUUGCACCCUGAAGGCAUUGCGGAGAAUGUGGAAGCCAUCAGUCAUUGAACAGGAAAGGCUGAACAAACAGCUCAGCUUGAUGGGUGAGAGAGCACCUGGUUCAUCAUUGGAUCUUCUGAGCGCAAGACUCGCGCUCAAAUACCAUUUGGGCGCCGCUGGCUUCCGAGAACAACAGCUUCAACAUGCCAAAGAGCGCCUUCAAAGCAAAACAAAAAAGUGGUCAACAAUGCGUCCUGUUGCUGCUUCCGUUAUGGGCAAGUGUGUUGACCACUGGUCUGAUGGGAUCAGUUUGCUUUCUGGCGAUGCCCGCUUUGCUGACACACCAGCGCCAGAUUGGUGCCCAAGCAAAGCAGAUGUUCGCCAGUGGACUCCUGUCUUGGAUCCAAGAACCCAAGACGCUGAGAAGACUGUUUACUCUGUGGCUGCAGCUGCAAUCAACCGGCGUUUGUUCAAGUAUUGGAUGGGCAAAGCCAGCGAUUGCUCCAAGAGUGGGCAGAAUUUGUUCUGUGGUGUGGCCAUGGUCGCAGGAAACUUUGAGCAAAGCAGGCCCUUGAACCUUCCAGACAACACAGACAUUUACAUCUUUGGGGAGGCCGUCAACAGGUCAGUACGGAUAGUUGGAGGCGCAUGGCAGAAUCAACAAGUGAAUUUGCGGAGGCCUUGGACAUUUGGCUGGGCGGCAAAUGUUUUUCUGGAAAGACUUCGGGCCCUUUCAUCAACCACCUCCGCUGCAGAUGCUGGAACUACUGCGGCCAGCAACAGCAUGCAGGUGAUGGUUCUUCAAGACCCAGACCCACAGCAAAAGAGACGGCGGAAAAGAACCAAGGAUUCAGACUCGUCACCUGGCUCUGAUUCCAAGUCUGAUGAAUCUGACAGCGACGAUUCUGACCAGGGGGAUGACAACGAUUCUGACGGCCGCGAUGAUUUUGAUACCGGGCAGCCUUCUUCCAGCACCAGCAGCUUCUUGCAGUCAGCAGAGGGCAGAGCUUGCCUUUCAAAUCUUUUCUUUGGUGAUGGCUCUGACGACCCUGAAAACGCAAUUGAUGAAUUGAUUCAGGAGGGUUUUGAAAUGAACAAGCAAAACAGUAGCCUCCCAGCGGAUAUUCAAGACUUGGAAGCUGAAGAGGAAUCCUUCGCCAGGGAGGCGGCAGAGGAAUCAGGUUUGGAUUUGGUGGCCGCAAGGGAAACUGCAAUGAUCCAAAAAGAAUGUGAGAAAUUGAAAGCGCAGAUUCAGUCUCAGUCAGUUUCGCCGGUUGUGGAAGCCAACAUAGCUGCUUCCAUUGCCGACCAGAUUCGAGGUGGAAUGAUGCCAGAAGAAGCAGCAGAAGAAGCGAUGCUAAAUCAGGAGUCAAUGUUGGGCAAUGUUUCCAUUGAACAUGUCGGUGCAAAUGCAAGUGCGGAAAGUGGCGCGGCCAAUCCUGCUUCCCUUCCAAGACCCAUGCAAUUUGAAACGGCUUUCAGCCAUUGGUUUGACCAAUGUUUGACGUCUUUGCAAGCACUGCUAGACCGGAAGCAAGCCCUUGAAACCAGAAGUGUCGGAGAGAAAGGGGAGCUGUCGUUGGUCCAUGGACAUAUUCAAGGAGCCAAAGCUUCCAGUGAGGACAGUAAAGAAAUUCAGGAAUCCAUUUUCUGGGUUCAUUGGAGAGAGGCAGAACGCCGAUCAGGUAGGCCCGCUUCUCUGGACAAAGAGAAUCGUGUUGUUUGCAUUGUUGCAACAGGGGCUCUUAGGGAACCCAAGGAUUAUUCCGCUGCCUCUGUCAUACAUCCAGCUAUUGGAGUGAGGAUGGAAAGGACACGUGGAUAUCGAGGGGGGCUGCGCCCACAAGUCCCCCAAAAUGUCAUUCGUUUGAGAGACAUGUGGCAAGCUGCUCUGGUUGCAAGGGAUUCAGAUUCUUCUUUGACUUUCGGUGCGACAGAUCUUGAUGGUAGCUUUGGCGAAUGCUUUAUUUGCAAUACUGGUGCUGGUGAGGCAUUGGUGGCAGAAGGUGUCGCAGCAGAUGUAGUUUCAAAGUGCUCCCUGUGCCUUCUGCCAUAUCAUGGCAGAUGCGCUUCUGAAAUUUUGGAUCAUGUUUCCAAGUCGGCCGACAUGGCCAACUUUUCAUUUCCGGAGGAUGUUGAUAUUGCAGCGCUUGACCCACCAGACGUUUUCACAUCGAUUGAUGGCGGCCGUGGUUCAACCAGGACCAGUGGUUGCAUGUACUGGCUGUCUGUUGCUGUGUUUGUCUUCAGCGUGUUGAGCUUGCAGCUUUGCACGUUGGCCAAAGACUGA